CGUAUUUCCGGCGGGGCGACGCGCGAGGCCGAGGAUGCGCAUCGAGAAGUGCUACUUCUGCUCGGGGCCCAUCUACCCGGGCCAUGGCGUCAUGUUCGUGCGCAACGACUGCAAGAUAUUUAGAUUCUGCAAGUCAAAGUGCCACAAAAACUUUAAGAAGAAGCGAAAUCCUAGGAAGAUUAGGUGGACUAAAGCCUUCCGGAAAGCAGCUGGCAAAGAAUUGACAGUGGAUAAUUCUUUUGAGUUUGAAAAACGUAGAAAUGAACCAGUGAAGUAUCAGAGAGAGUUGUGGAACAAGACUGUUGAUGCAAUGAAGAGAGUAGAAGAAAUCAAGCAGAAACGCCAAGCUAGAUUUAUUAUGAACAGAUUAAAGAAGAGCAAAGAGUUGCAGAAAGCAGAAGACAUCAAGGAAGUCAAACAGAAUAUCCACCUUCUUCGUGCUCCACAUGCAGCCAAACCAAAACAGCUGGAGGACAAAAUGGUGCAGAAGCUGCAAGAGGAUGUGGCCAUGGAGGAAGAUUCCUAAAAUGGUUGUGCGGUGGGGUCUUCAUGAGUUUACAGUUGCUAACUGCCUCAGCAGGCAUCAUUCAGAACUGUCCUUACAGUUUUUAUGGAAUAGUGCUCACCUACAGAUUAAUUGAUUAUUGUUCUUGUAAAAAUUAAAUAAUACUUGUAAAAAAAUUYCUUGUGACUAAUGGUUUGGGCAAUACAUAAAGUUAUCUAAUUCAACAAAACCUUGUCAGUAGGAUGAAAAAUAAAGCAUAUUGUUUGUAAUACUAUAUGCUCCUUUUGGCUGAUAAAAUCAAGAUAUAAAUGAUUCUGGCCCUGGAUUUACUUUGUCU